GGGCAGACGACCGGCAGAACUUAAAAUCUUAUCCUCUAUCCGAGAUUCUUAUCUAUCCGAGAUUCUAUACUGUCCACCGUCGAACCGCUCGACUGGAAUCACAUCAAUACGUCAUGCAUCGCGCCAUUCGACUCUGCCUAGACGAUAAGCAGCGGGCUCUAACGGAUCCGCAGGUGGGAUUGCCUAUCGUGAGCUGGGAGCUAUAAGAUGACGAACGCGGUGGAAGACACUGCCCAUUGUCGCGGGCAAUUGCAUCGAGUCAGAGUCCAGUAGCGACUAUUCAACUGUUCAUACCUUCAAGUUCAUCGUUCCUCAAACUCAUCAUGGCCACCGCCUAUGUCAACGGCAAGGUCUACACCGUCGACUCGACGCUCCCUUGGGCGGAAGCCUUCCUCGUCCAGCCCGAUGGCACCUUUGGCACCGUGGGCUCCACGGCCGAUAUCACCGAGCUCGCGAAGAGCAGCGGCGCAACACUCGUCGAUCUCCAGGGCCAGUUCGUGAUGCCCGGCAUGCACGACGCCCACUGCCAUUUGCUCGUUGCGUCGCAAGAGAAGCUGUUCGAAGCCAAACUCGGGCUGGAAGCUGGCCCAGAGGACACGGUGCGCAAGCUGAAAGACUACGCUGGAUCUUGCCAGCACCUUGAGACUGUCGGCAACUGGCUGAUUGGCAAUUUCUACCACUACGCCAAUUUCAAGGACAAGAAGCCUGACCGGAAGUUCCUUGACGACGCUUUUGGCGACCAGCCGGUCGUCAUCCGCGAAUACACCACACACAACAUCUUCGCCAACACUGCAGCGCUCAAGGCUGCCGGAUACGAAGAGAACCCCGAGGACCCAUGGGACGGAUACUACGUCCGCCGCGAGGACGGCACUAUCACCGGCGAGCUCGUCGAGGGCGCUGGCAAAAGGAUGUGGGCGGCGAUCCCCAAAGGUACGCCCGAGUCACACGUCGAGGCACUCGAGUACGGUGUCAAGAUGGCCAACCGCUUCGGUUUCACCGCCGUUCAAGAAGCCUCUGCCAACGCUGUCUAUCUCGAAGCGGCCAAGAAACUUGACGAUAUGGGCAAGAUGACCAUUUCGUUGGACGCGCACGUCGUCUUCUGGGGCGCGGCCUUCUCGCAGGAGCUCCCUGAGACCCUGAUCAACAGCAUCAAUUCCGCAUACCGAUACCAAACCAAGCAUUUCAACCCCAACUUUGUCAAAUUCUGGCUGGAUGGCGUGCCGUGGGAGCCACACUUGACGCACUGCCCAUUGACCGAUGAUGGGAAGCCCGAUUACAAGAAGAUUCUUGUGCCGCCCAAGAUCUUUGCAGAUGCCAUCGAGCGCUUUGACAAGGAGGGUCGAACUUGCAAGGUUCACGUCUGUGGUCAAGGCUCGGCCAGAUUCGCCCUCGAGUGCUUCGAAGAGAUGCGCAAGCGUCGCCCCAAUGGUCCCAAGCAUGAGCUGGCCCACAACAUGGAUGUUCAUCCCGAGGACUUCGGUUACUACAAGAAACUCGGCAUCACCGCCGAGAUGAGCCCGGCCAUCUGGCACGAGCCCAGCUACCAACCUGAGCACAACCCAGCCUCCGUCUAUCCCUUCGCUGGGCUCCGUAAAGCCGGCGCUCUCAUCACCAUCGGCAGUGACUGGGUGUUCGCUCCAGAAACCCCCAACAUCUUCCCCGGCCUGCAGGCGCUGCUCCAAGGGCGCAAGGGUUGGGAGAUGGAGAAGGAGGACAUCCUCCGGAUCGUGACGAUUGAAGGGGCCAAGGCCGUAGGCAGGGAGAAGACUGAGGGCAGCAUCACCCAAGGGAAGCUGGCGAACUUCAUCAUUCUGGACCGGGACUUGGUCAAGGAGGAGGAUAUCUCGACUACUAUUGUGCGGAAGACUUUCUUCGAGGGGAAGGAAGUGUAUGAUUAUGAAACCGAUGAACUGAAGCACUUCCAGGGCCGUCCCGGUUAAACCGUUG